AUGGCAGAACCAAACAAUACGCCUUAUCCCCCGGCAACACCAGCCGCCCAAACGCCGCGCUCUGCAUCCCCCCACCAGCCCCAACCCAUUCUCUCACCUGCCCCAGCGCCCCUGCCCAGCACCCAAAAGCCCAAGGUCCUGCAUAUCGGCGAUCCCAUCAAAUACAACCCGGACACGUACGCCGCCUUCGCCGCGCAAUUCGAGGUCAUCCGCCCGUCAACCCCGGACCGCCAGCGCCCCGCCUUCGCCGCCGCCCUCCGGGACCGCAAGUGGGGCGACUUCUCCGCCGUCUUCCGACCCUUCUGGGGCACCGGCGGCGAAAUGGGCAAGUGGGACGCCGAGCUGGUCCCGCUCCUCCCGCCCUCCUGCCGCGUCUUCGCGAGCGCCGGCGCGGGCUUCGACUGGGCCGACACCCAGCUCCUCGGCGAGCGCGGGGUGGUGUAUUGCAACUCCGGCCUGGCGGCCGCGGAGGCCGUCGCGGAUUUCGCGGUCGCCAUGGUCAUCUCGACCUUCAGGCACUUACCAUGGUGCAUGGGGGCCGCGGGCGACGAAGCCGCCUUCCGGGACUGCCACGCGCGGGCGACGGGGGUAUCGCAUACUUUGCGGGGUCAGGUGCUGGGACUCGUUGGCUUCGGCAACAUUGGGCAGCAGAUCGCGCAGAGGCUCGGUGUGGGAUUUGGGAUGGCGGUGCAUUACUUCGACCUGAUCAGGAAGGACGAGGCGACGGAGGGGGCGUAUAAGGCGACGUUCCAUCCGACGUUGGAGGCGCUGUUGCAGAGCUCGGAUUGCGUUGUUCUGUGCACGCCGGCGGGAGGCAAGGUCAUCACCAAGGAGUCGCUCGCGUGGUUCAAACCCGGGGCGCGGUUCGUCAACAUCGCGCGGGGCAGUCUUGUGGACGAGGAGGCGCUGGCGGAUGCGCUUGAGGAUGAACGUUUGAGCGCCGUCGCGCUGGAUGUUCACGAGAACGAGCCGAAGCCGCACCCGCGAUUGGUAGCUAUGGCGGGGGCGAAGGCAAUGCUGACUUGUCAUAAUGCCGGCGGGACGGUUGAGACGCAUGCUGGGUUUGAGGAGUUGAGUAUGAGGAACAUCAUGGCUAUUUUGGGCGGCGGAGAGCCGAUCACACCGGUCAACUUGCAAUAUCUCAGGAAAUGA